UGGACGUCGAGGAGAGAACAUGGCGCGCCUGGCUCUCUGGCUCGUUUCUGUGGUGGCGAUUGGUGUUGCUGUGCCUGAGGUACGUGGAGGCAAAAUAAUCUUCCCAGAAUCGGAAGAAGUCGCUGCAGACGCUCAGGUACGCGAAGACGAGUCUUUCCAUUCCGAAUCCCGAGGGCUGUGGGAGAGCGACCUCUUCUUCUUACAGAAGCUCUCCAGCCUCUUCGGCAGCGAGGACGAGGACCGGAGGGAAACCCCGGUGCGCCCUUCCCGCCUCCGGCCAGAGCCUCUCCCUCCGCAAGUGUUCUUCAACAAUCGUCGCGUGGGCGGCGACACUCGCAGACGCCCGGCGCAGGGGGCCGUGAGGCAGAAGUUCCGUGUGCCGAGUCCGCCGUCCUCCGUCGUCGCCCCUCCUCGCCCUGGGACCCCGCAGGUGCCCCUAGGUUCCCCAGCGACGUUUGGUCAGCCAAGCCGGCCCAACCCUUCGGCCGGAAUUCCUCUUCGUCAGAAUGUUCUCGCCAUUCAUCCCCAACAGCAGCAGCGCCCUGUGUUCAACCUGCCGAAGCGAGACGUCCCUCCUGCGCCGGACGCCUUUCCUCAACCUUCGCAAAACCACGUCAUCCGCCUGAAGCCAACAUUCACUGCCUCGCUGCCUCGGCCCACGGUCCCUUCCCCAGCUGGCGUGUCUCAGGCCGCCCCCGGAGGCAGUUUUCCUUACCAGUUCGUGAAGCCCGGAAGCCCCGUGGUCAGCACGACCAACCGUCCUUUGGCUACUCCCUCCGCACGUCCUGAGAAAGUGGAGCCCUUCUCGAAGCCCGUCAAACCGAAGAAGCCCACGCUGCUGGGAUCCCUGGCAGACUUGACGGGUGGCUUCCUCGGCGGCAACACAAGGACCCAGCAGAAGCACCCGCGACCGAUGCCGCAGCCGCAGAGAGUCAUCAUUCCGCCGCAACAGAAACUGACGCAGAAGAAAACAGUCGCGGAAGACACAUUCAACCCAAGCCCGCCGGAGGGCAGCCCUCUCGUCGACGCCUUUCAGCCGAUGUUCGUCGCGUCGCCGUCAGUGGACCACCUCGGCAAGGACGCCAUGAAGCCGAUGAAGAUAGCGCAGAAGAGGACGGCGACAACGACCACGACGAGCCAGCCGCAGUUGGUCGAUUUCUUUUAGAAAGAAGAAAUCGAAACCUAAAAUAAGUAACACAUAAAGAAUCUAAUUUAUACUCUAUAGUAUUAGAAUUUGAAUUAGAACAGGGUUAAUACCCAACAUCGACUAAACGGUGUUUUAUCGUGAUUGCCUGUUUCUGUUACGUGUUCAGUUCCAUUCUAUUUGUCGUUCAUGGUACCUAAAUUUACCAUUGAAUGUCAAUCAUAUGCUUAAAAAUUAUUGUAUACUGGGAAUUUACUGAUUAUCCUAGUUUGUAUAACGUACAG